CAUCAAAUUCCCCGCAUUACCCUCCUCUCUCACAAUUAAAAACAAUCACGAAGAGCAAAAAUCUUGAUCAACUUCAAUAACCACCACCACAAACCACACUACUGAAUUUUUCUCAAGGCAAUGCCUUGCUCUUCAUCGACUCCAACUACAACUGGUACCGAUAGCAGCAACAACAACAACAAAUUCAACAACGAGAAGAAGAAUACAAAAAGCGAUGGCUCUUCUCUCCGCGAUUUCAAACUGAACGAAUCUACCUUUUUAGCUUCACUCAUGCCGAAGAAAGAAAUCGGAGUAGAUCGGUUCCUUGAUUCUCACCCAAAUUACGAUGGUCGUGGUGCUCUCAUCGCGAUUUUCGAUUCUGGCAUAGACCCGGCUGUUGAUGGAUUACAGAUUACAUCAGACGGGAAACCAAAAAUUCUUGAUGUCAUUGAUUGUACUGGGAGUGGUGAUAUUGAUACCUCAAAGGUUGUGAAGGCUGAUGCAGAUGGUCGUAUUCGCGGGGCAUCAGGGGCAUCUUUGGUUAUCAAUACUUCAUGGAAAAAUCCUUCUGGUGAAUGGCACGUGGGUUAUAAAUUGGUUUACGAGCUCUUCACAGAAGAAUUGACCUCUCGUUUGAAGAAAGAAAGAAAGAAAAAAUGGGAUGAGAAAAACCAGGAGGAAAUUGCAAGGGCUGUAAAACAACUUGAUGAUUUUGAUCAGGAACACAUCAAGGUCGAAGAUGGAAAACUUAAGAGAGUUCGUGAAGAUCUGCAACAUAGGCUUGAUCUUCUGAGGAGGCAAUCUGAGAGUUAUGAUGAUAAAGGACCCAUUAUAGAUGCUGUUGCAUGGCAUGAUGGGGAGGUCUGGAGGGCUGCCCUUGACACACAGAGUCUUGAAGAUGAUCCGGAUUGUGGAAUGCUUGCUAAUUUUGUGCCUUUAACUAAUUAUAGGAUUGAGAGGAAAUAUGGUGUCUUCAGCAAAUUAGAUGCUUGCACAUUUGUUGUUAAUGUCUAUGAUAAUGGGAAUGUUUUAAGUGUUGUAACAGACUGUUCUCCCCAUGCCACCCAUGUUGCUGGUAUAUCUGCUGCUUUCCACCCAAAGGAGCCUUUGUUGAAUGGAGUUGCACCUGGCGCACAAUUAAUAUCUUGUAAAAUUGGGGAUGCCCGCUUAGGUUCAAUGGAGACAGGAACUGGUUUGAUUCGGGCACUGAUAGCUGCCGUGGAGCAUAAAUGCGAUCUCAUUAAUAUGAGUUAUGGUGAAGCAACUUUACUGCCCAACUAUGGACGCUUUGUUGACCUUGUGAAUGAGGCGGUGAACAAGCAUCGUCUGAUAUUUGUGAGCAGUGCUGGUAAUAGUGGUCCAGGAUUGAGCACAGUUGGUGCACCUGGUGGUACAUCUUCGAGUAUCAUCGGUGUCGGUGCAUAUGUUUCUCCUGCUAUGGCUGCUGGUGCUCAUUGUGUUGUUGAACCUCCUUCAGAAGGGCUUGAAUACACUUGGUCUAGCCGUGGGCCAACGGCUGAUGGAGACCUUGGUGUCUGUAUAAGUGCUCCUGGUGGUGCUGUUGCUCCUGUUCCUAAGUGGACUCUUCAACGGCGCAUGCUCAUGAACGGGACAUCAAUGGCAUCACCAUCAGCCUGUGGAGGAACUGCAUUGCUUAUAAGUGCAAUGAAGGCUGAGGGAAUUUCUGUGAGUCCAUAUAGUGUGAGGAAGGCUCUUGAGAAUACCUCAGUUCCCAUAGGUGAUUUGCCUGAAGAUAAAUUAUCCACUGGACAAGGGCUUAUGCAAGUUGACAAGGCUUUUGAAUAUAUACAAAAGUGUCAAAACUUUCCAUGUGUUCAGUAUCAGAUAAAUGUCAAUCAAUCUGGAAAAACAAGUCCUACAUCACGAGGCAUCUACCUGAGGGAGCCUAGUGCUUGCCGACAGACUACUGAGUGGAUAGUGAAAGUUAAUCCAAAGUUUCAUGAAGAUGCCAGCAACUUUGAGGAAAAGAUUCCUUUUGAGGAAUGCAUUGAGUUACAUUCUACUGAAAAGACUGUUGUGAAGACCCCUGACUAUCUCUUGCUCACUCAUAAUGGUCGUAACUUCAAUGUAGUUGUGGAUCCUUCCAAUCUAAGUGAUGGUCUUCACUACUAUGAAGUCUAUGGUAUUGACUGCAAAGCGCCAUGGCGUGGUCCUAUUUUCAGAAUUCCUAUUACCAUAACAAAGGCCAAGGCUGUAACUAACCAGUCUCUACAAAUUUCAUUUUCAAAUAUGUUAUUCCAGCCAGGGCAUAUAGAAAGGAGAUAUAUAGAAGUGCCACAUGGUGCAUCUUGGGCUGAUGUAACAAUGAAAACGUCAGGGUGUGACAUACCUCGAAAGUUUUUUGUGGAUGCUGUUCAGAUGUGCCCAUUGCAAAGACCUCUGAAAUGGGAAAAGGUGAUAACUUUUGCUUCUUCGGGUGCCAAAAACUUUACCUUUAAGGUAGUAAGUGGUCACACAUUGGAACUAGUCAUUGCUCAGUUUUGGUCAAGUGGCAUAGGGAGUCAUGAAGCUGCCAGUAUGAAUUUUGAGGUAACAGAAUUACUAUUUAAGAUAAAUGACAGAGAUCAUUUUUCUAAUAAAUACUCAUCACUGCCCUGUUUCAAUUCUAUAACUAAGGGCCAGUAAUUUCUAUAAAUACAUACACAUUAUUCAGCUAAUCAAAUCCCAUUUAUGAGAGUUUAAUCCUAUUUAAAUAUAAAAUAUACAACUAAUUAACACUUUGUACAGCUGGUUCUGACACUCCCCCUCAAGUUGGAGAGUGGAUGUUACCCAUUCCCAACUUGCUGAUAAUAGAUUGAAAUGUAGAGCCACUUAAUCCUUCUGUAAGAACAUCUGCCAGCUGAUUUCAAGUUGAUACAAAUGGUAUACAUAUUGUCCCACUAUCCAAUUUUUCCUUGAUGAAAUGUCUGUCUACUUCGACAUGCUUCGUUCUAUCAUGUUGCACUGGAUUAUGUGCAAUGUUUAUUGCUGACUUGUUGUCACAAUAUAGUUUCAUGGGUCCAUUCCAUUCAAUCUUUAGGUCAUGUAGAAUUAUUUUCAGCCAUAGGAGUUCACAAACACCUAAAGCCAUAGCCCGAAAUUCUGCUUCUGCACUUGACCUCGCAACAACGUUUUGUUUUUUGCUCCUCCAAGUCACCAAGUUUCCUCCAAGAAAAGUACAAUAUCCGGAUGUGGAUCUUCUGUCAUCUACUGAUCCAGCAUAAUCAGCAUCUGUAUAAGCUUCCAAAGUAAUUCCUUCACCCUUUGUAAAUAGAAUUCCUUUUCCAGGAGUGCCCUUCAAGUAUUGCAAAAUUCGAUAAACAGCUCUAAGAUGAUUUUCUUUGGAAUUAUGCAUGAAUUGACUCACCACUCCCACUGCAUAAGCUAUGUCUGGCCUAGUGUGAGAUAAAUAUAUUAACUUUCCAACCAGCUUUUGAUAGGAUUCUCUAUCCACACUUGCAUUUUCAACAAAUUCACUAAGUCUGUGAUUUUGUUCAAUUGGAGUUUCUACUGGUUUGCAUCCCAAUUUACCAGUUUCAGAUAAUAAAUCCAGCACAUAUUUCUGUUGAGAGAUGAAAAUACCAUGACUAGAGUGUGCCACUUCAAGGCCCAAAAAAUAUUUUAAUCUGCCCAACUCUUUUACUUCAAACUCUUUCAGCAAACACACUUUUAGGCUAUCCAUUUCUGCUUGAUGAUUUCCUGUUACAAUUAUAUCAUCCACAUAAACAAUUAGUGCAGUAACUCCCCCUAAGGCUGAAUGCUUAGUAAACAAAGUGUGAUCUCCCUGACUUUGUUUAAAUCCCAUAUCUUUCAUCACAGUAGUAAACCUGCCAAACCAGGCCCUAGGGGACUGUUUCAGUCCAUAAAGGGCCUUCUUUAGCUUACAAACUUUGCCUUUCUCAAAGCUGAACCCAGGUGGGACCUCCAUGUAAAUUUCUUCUUCAAGGUUCCCAUGUAGGAAAGCAUUCUUGACAUGGAAUUGCUGCAAAUUCCAUCCAUAAUUAGCUGCUAGAGAUAACAAAAUUCUGACGGUGCUCAUUUUUGCGACGGGAGAGAAAGUCUCAUGAUAGUCAACCCCAUACGUUUGUGUGUACCAUGAGGUUCAACUCUCAUUUGUCAAACAUUCUUUUUCAAUUUUUGUAAUAUCAACAUGCCCAAAUGCUUCUCCUUGUAGCUACUGUCAUCUCAAUAUUUUUAGUUGACAAGUAUGGUAGAAGAAACUUAUUUCUAUGAAGCUACAUUAGAAAUUUUAUAGCUAUAAUUAUUUCAGGUUAGUUUUGAAUUUUGAUAUAUUCCUUAGUUAAGUUAUGUUUGAUGUUGAGAAAUGUCUUUGUCUUUAUUAAUUGAAUUAUGGAUCACAUAUGUCUCAAUAUAUUUUUAAUGUACUAGUUCACAUUUAAUCAUUGGUUAGUUUUUUUAAAAAUUAAUAUAUUUUGUGGGGGAUACAAACCUCCAUAAUAUGUUUUAAAUUAAAUUUAAUAUAAAUAACGACAGUUUGAAACCGUCGUAAUCAAAAUUAAAAAAAGAAUUCAAACUAAAAUUCACGAUGAUUUGUAACAGUCGCUACUUACAAUUUAUGACAGUUUACUACACGUCGUGAUUGAUAACAACGGUUGGAGUGGCGGUUUUAGCAACACAGUUACACAACAGUCGCGUCUUGUAACUUGUGGCGGUUAAAACCGUCGUAAUCUGCCAAAACUAACCAUCGCAAUUUGCUAAUUUUUUGUAGUGGAGUUUCGUAGAAUUGAUUUUGACAUAAUUGAGUUCAACAUAAUUGAUUUAUGUUUGGAUAAUUUUAUGCAAAGGUGGGUUAAACAAUAUGUUUCAGUGUAAAGAUUUCUCAUAAUCAAUUCUGAAGGUAGAAGCUACAAAUUUUAACUUCAAGUAGAAUAAAUUCUGGAGCCAUAAUCAAUUCUACUUUUAAAAAAAACCAAACACCUUAAAAUCACUUAGAAUCAAUUCUACAUCUCUAUAAUUUAUUAUGGGUCUUGUAGAAGUGGAACCAAACAUUCACUUCAUCACGAUGAAAUUGCGAUAUGUAUAAGUUGGUCACAUGAUUAUGAUUGGUUAAUAUCAGAACAAAAUAAUUCAAUGAUAUUAUUUUGAAUAUACAAAUACCAAUCUCUUUUAAUAGAAGUAAAGAGUUAUGACCUAAUGGGCCUUACUAAAGAUCCAAACUUAAACUACUAAUAACAUAAAAAAUAACAAAAUGAUAAAACUAAUUAUUUAUAACACUCCCCUUCAAGCUAGUGAGUGUAUAUCUAUCAUUCAGAGCUUGAAAGUAAUUUCUUCAAAGUUAUUAUUGUUAUGACCUUUGUAACAAUCCAAUUUUUAUUUCAAUAUAUAUUUAUCAGGUGUUUAUUUUUAUUAAUUAUUAUUUAUGUGAUAAUUAAUUAUUUGGUGUGUUUUGUGAUUAUUUGAAUGUAUGUGGUAUUUGAAUAGUUGAGUAGAUGUGUUCAGAUUAGUAAUUAGCUGAUGAGCCUAAUUAAUUAGAAUGUGAGACUGGGUGAGUUAAGCCCAAAUAACAAAAUAGAGUUAGUAAAGGUGUUAUGUUAGAAAACUCUAAAUUAGAGAAAUAGAAAUAAAAGAGGCUAGAAGAAAAGAGAAUAAAAGAGAAAAAGAGGAGAUUCUUGAAGAAGAAUGACUAGAGAUUCCAUCUGAGCCAAGGUAAGAGUGUGAAUCCAAGUGAUUAUGGGUAGAUAUAAUUGGGUAAUGUAUGUGAGGUUAGAAAAUGCAUAAUUUAGGAUUGAUAGUUUACUUUCAUGAGUGUUGUCUUAGAAUUGGUAUGUUAAUCCAUAAAUGAUGUGAAAUCUAACUUGUUAUAAUUAUUCUAUGUAUGAUUCUAUGAAUGGGUAUGAAAAUAACAUAUGGUUUGGUGUAUGCAUGCUGAUUUUGUGAAAUCCUAACUUUAGAGAUUAUGAUAGAAACCAUGAAUUUGAUUUGUGAGUUAUGUAUUGAUGUUCAUCAUUGAUUAUGUGUGUUAUAUAUGUGAUAUAAGCGCGAAAUUUGUGAUAAAAUCUGAACUAGAACUGAUUUUG